AUGUCGCCCUCUCCGAUUCGAUGUCGCGGCCCUUGGAAAAUUCAAAAACGCUCGUCUGAGCCUGACCGUUGGCUUGACGAAAUGGAUUUCUAUCGAAAACACACAGCUAGAGACUCUAGUUGUCUAUUUAGGGCAGUUUCUGAAAACAUUUUUAACACCCAACAUUAUUAUCAAAAAGUUAGGCUACAAUGUAUCGAGUUUAUGUCCUCUAAUCGGCACUUGUUUGAAGGGUCAUUAAGUUGUUCUUUUGAGAAUUACCUUAAAGAAAUGUCCAAUGCAUCUGCAUGGGGUGGUAUUGUUGAGUUAUCUGCUAUGAGCCAUCUGUAUAGACGAGAUUUUACCAUUCUUGAAGCAAAUAAAGGCCCGCAAACUAACAUCUGUAAUGGCUAUGGCAAAACCAUAUACCUUUUUUAUUCUCCUGACACUAAGCAUUUUGAUGCUCUUUAUAGAAAAGAAUUUAUUAAUAAUUCUGCAUUCUGCCAAUCAUUAAUAUAUGAGCUCCUGUAUGAUCGAGUCUACCACUUGGAGGACCUUUACUAUGCUGUUGAUAAAAUGCUUCAUGAGAAAGUUACAAAUAAUCACAUUGAAUACAUGAUGCCAGAUAUGGAACACAAAAAACAAAAAGAAAGAGCAAAAAUUUUUAUUGAAGAAACAAAUGCCAAAGAUAACAAUAGUAAUGCGUUAUCUCUAAAAUGCAAACAUCACACUAAUGAUAUUGAGAAAGCUUCACUAUUAAAAGAGUCUCUGAGCAUUUUUGUGUUCAAUAGAAGCCUUAUACAGCUUGAGAAUGUUUGUUUAAACUGUUUAAAUGUCAACAGUGCUAAAGUGCUCCUAGAUAAUGGUAUAACACCAUUUCCAUAUAAAGUAGCUAAAGCUUUGGACCCAGAUAUAUAUCGAAACAUUGAGUUUGAUGUGUGGAGUGAACUAAGAAGAGAGUUGCGUUUUGGUGCUAGAUAUUCAGAUGGGACGACAUUGCAAGUAGGUGUUAAAUGCUUGUGUAAAUUGGAAGUAGACCAGGAUGUUCCCUAUCAUUGUCACAUACAAGAAAUGGGGCAAGAUGGAGGUCCAUGUCUUGUAUUUAUUGAAGAGUUAGGAGAAAAGAGAUUGGUGAAUUAUGAACAGUUGGAACCGCUUCCAAUGGAUGAGAUUAAGCCUUGGGCACCUCCAUAUAGAUAUUCUCGAGCAAACUCGCAGCUUCUCAAUCUCAGUCAAAUGCUACAGCAAAUAGGCUCUGUCAUACGAAAACAAGGUAUAAAAUCAAGCAAGAAAUCGAGGAAUGAUGAUACAAGAAUAGCUGAAAAAGAAACAAAGUUAGAUUGGACUGAAGAAAAAGCUGAUAUGACAUUUGAAGCCUACAAUUAUCCACCUUAUCAACAUUCGGAUAUCUGUAACUUCCAACCGAUGCCAGUUGAAAUUGAAACGGUUCCCCUAAUGGUGGACAUUCGGGCGGCGGGUGCUCCGCCACAGGAGGCCAAUGGUUCUUCACCAGACAUCCACAAUCAGGUGGGAGGCGCAGGUGAUAUGGGAAACCAGGCGACGCCAACGCCUGUGUCUGUGCGCGCUUCCACGCCUGCAACCACUAACUCACUAACCACUUAUUCUGGUGUGAACCCGGGUUCAGUCCCACCAUUGGGGACUACGAUGCCAGGAAACGUGCCGUACAACUGUGGACAAUAUAUGUGCGGUAUGAAGUCUGUCGUCUGGUGCUCGCCCCAUUCUCCCCCCCAACCGUUGGCUCCCGGAAUGCCGAUGGGAGGCAUGGGGAUGAACGUGCCCCACCCGCCUCCGCCGUUGCCACCCGGUGUGAACCCCCAUGUCUUUAAGAGCGUGCAAGCCAAUGGUUCUGAUCUGCCCAUGAAUGACAUAGCAACACUGCGGUACUUCUUCAACCUGGGCGUGGAGUGCAUGUGGGCAGCUUACGGGCCUCCCUUGCCGCCGCCCCCGCAUCCUCCGCACCCCAUGCAUCCGCCGCCGAGGCACUACUCGCCUUCUACUCUUGCUCAGGACAUGCAACAGUUGGCAGUGCAAGACCGUCCUCUCCACGGUGACCCCAAUCACAACAAGCACAAGCAAGACAAGAACACCAACAUUCAGGGCAAGGGAAAUAAUGCUCAGAGACCCCUCUUGGGACCAAGAUUCAAACGUGGUAACAACCAAGAUAAUAACCAAAGCCACAACCAAAACAAGGGACACAAUAACCAGGGACACAUGAAUAACAAGGGACCAAACAACCGCCGCAACUCAUACGUGGAAGCCCGCGGGGGUUUCGUCGGCGAAGAAGUUGGUGGGGCCGAGGCCCCUCUGCUCGCUUUCCCCUACGCCCCAUACCCACCGCCGAUUUACCCCGUGCCCUACUACCAUAUUGAUGAUCCCAGCAUGAUGGGCAUGAUGGGCGGCAUGGGUGGCAUGGGCUACGUGUACGAGGAGGGCAUGGAGUUCAGCGUCCAGCCCAUGUACGGGGCUCCGACGCCCUACCCCCAGAUGCAUCCCGCCGCACCCCCACCCGUGCACGAACACAAGUAG